AAUACGGAAAAAAACAUUUUCACUGUAAGAAUCUACAUUUGCAAUCUUUAUUAACGUCCCGCAAUAAAUAAGUUAUAGCCUCAAUGAUUGUUCCUAACAAUGACGCAGAUAAGCUGGCAGUCAAACUCUUAAGUCAGAUGUAAAGUGGAGGUCAUUGUUGAUCGAUUUUUCUUCAUCUCUAAGCAUAUUCGUUCGAACAGUGAAUACUUCUAAUUUUGUGAAAAAUAUUUUUUAAAUCUUUUCCUAAUAUGAGGCUUCUAUUGGCCUGGAUUCUUUUCAUACAGGCAUAUAUUAUUUUUGGGGAUCAUAAUACAGGUCUUGAUCAAUGCGGCAUUGCAAAUUCUAAUAGAAUUAUUGGUGGUAAAAAUGCAUCAAUGGGCGCUUAUCCUUGGAUUGCUAGAAUUGGAUAUAUAAAAAAAAAUGACAAAGAAAAAGAUGUUACAUUUCGUUGCGGUGGCACAGUUAUUACUGAAAUCUAUGUUAUAACUGCAGCUCAUUGUAUUGUGAAUUUAGCUAACAAUAUAAUAGUUUCACGGAUACGAUUAGGCGAACAUAAUACUGAGACAAAUCCUGAUUGUAUUAAGUCAUUUUGCAAUCUACCUUAUCAGGAUUUCGAAGCUGCACAAAUAACACCUCAUGAAUCGUACGAUAAACCUAAACUUCAAAAUGAUUUAGGGUUAAUAAAAUUAAAUAAAGUUAUCACAUUCAACGAAUAUAUUAAGCCAAUUUGUAUGAUGAAAGCGAAACUGUUGAAGAAGAAUUUUAUAGGACAAGCGGCGGAAGUUGCUGGCUGGGGAGUAUAUGAUAUAAAUGAGCCACAGAUGAGUUCAGUACUACAGACGGUGAAGUUGCCUAUCGUGGAGAUUGAACGUUGCGUCAUCGGCUAUAAAAUAGCGGCACCCAUUGGCUAUAAUCAGCUGUGUGUAGGUGGCAAAGUUGGACAAGACUCAUGUGGCGGUGACUCGGGUGGUCCCCUUAUGAAGGUCGACGUAGAUGGGCCCCUGGGGCCGCGCUAUUACAUCAUCGGCAUCGUUUCCUUCGGUGCCAAGCUUUGCGGUGAGACGAACUUACCGGGCGUCUACACCAAGAUAGCCUCGUAUAUGCCCUGGGUUUACGAGCACAUCAAGGCUUGAUAAGAGCCUCUGAAUUAUAUAAUUAUUUCUAUUCUUACACGUUACGAGCGUUUUGAGUUUUAACCUUUUUCAUUCUCUUUUUUUAUCUGCGGACAGUUAUUGGUUAAAAAUACAUGGAUACACUAUGGUGAGAGCGUCUGAAACCGUUUCGAGUAAUACAUUAACGUGGUUACUUUGUUUCAUGAUCAAUUUGAACCACGAAAUUGUGAGAAUUAAAAUAUCAUAUAAUCAACAUCAAUUUGAUGUUGCGAGUAUUAAAAUUCGAUGCUAAAUUGUGUAAACGACAUUUACAAAUAGUAUAAGCGCAAGUAUAUGCACACAUAAGCAUAUAACAGUAUAGACAAGUGUGCCCGCGCGCGCCACGUAGGUACUCAUAUACAUUUGUGUAAGAAUUUAAAUGAUACAAUAAAUAAU